GAGUCACCUCGCAUGCAUCUUGUGCUGCAGACUCAGUCAGCAUCGACACGCCACAAACCUCGGACGUGGAGCCUUCAGCACCAGUGCCUCACAUGACAGUGCUCCUGCCUAAGAUUCUUGGACUAUUCGCGUGUGAGACUUAUUAUUAGUGCUUCUUCUGGCAGGAUUGUCUAAUUGUGAAUAUUUGCGUGGCCAAUAACCUGAGAUCUCCUAGUACGAUAUGUGCAAGUGAAUUGCGGGUGGACUUCUUUUCCUGCACUCCAUCUUCUAUCAAAGUUGUGUCUGUGUCAGUGAUUCAGUGAGUGGGACGUUGUUUUGUGCGGUGAAUUUGGGUCAUUGGGGGAAAAUUCGAUACACCGAGACUGCAGCUGUUUUCUGUGUGAUGCAGUGAGUUGGAGGGUUCUGCAGCAGUGUGGUCAGCAAUGGAAUGUGACGCCUCCCGGACCACGGAGGAGACUCUUCGACCCAGUGUCAAUGUCACAGUGUGAUGUACAAGCUGGUGUAGAAAAACUUGUGUGGGUGACAAAGUGUUUGAGGAAUAUGGUUCGAAUGGUGGGCUCCAAGUUACUGGCGAGACUACUGCUUCUAAUUUCAUCUGUGACACUCAUCUCUCUGUUGGCUCUCACACGAUGCGGCAUCGGAGGACUUGUGGCAGACAAUGUGCUGACUACGGAUGAAUCCGGUGCAAGCAAAGUGGAUGUUCAGCAGCAGAUUAACAGUGAAAAUGAACAGCAAAGAGGAUACCUGCAAUUGUUGCAGCAACGAGAAGAGGAAAAUCGACAAGAAGUGGCCAAGCUCACGGCGGAAAUUCAUUCGCUCAAACUUCAAUUGAUCCAAUUAAAAUCUCACUUAGGUUCAUCUCUGACCUCCAGUGGACAGGAAACGGUAGUGGCUAGCAAUGGCACAACAAAUAUUCCACCUGUGACGUCAGUACUUCAUGAUUGUACGGCAUUUGUCAGAAAACAAGUUGGUGCUUCUGAAAUCCUCCAUGGUCUUCCGCUCAACAAUGAGUACGAACUCAUUCCCUUCAAUCAUUUCACCUAUAGCCGGGUAUAUCCUAUUGAACUUGGUCUGGGAAAACGCGUAGUUGAAAAGCCUAUUGGGUACAAGCGGAAGGAUCUUCUGGAUGCCCUUAAUCGGGCCCUGGAAAGUCUAAAUCGAAAUGUUACGAAUAAGUACACAUUGGAUGACUUCACAGAAGGUAUUUACCGCAACGAACCGACAACAGGGACCCAGUACGAAAUGUAUUUCCGUACGAAAGAAACCACCAAUAAGACCACAAAUUCCCAUCAUGAACAUACGAAUCAUGGGGUGACGAAAGUCGUUGUUAUGAGACCCUUUGCUCCACUUCAGACCAUUCAGAUGGAAGCCUAUCCCAAAGUGCAUGAGAAGGAGUUGAUUCAUAUAAUACUGCCGCUGUCUGGACGUUCGGCUACUUUUCAGAAUUUCAUGGAUAAAUUCUUUCGCAUUGCACUCACGCACGAUCGACGUGUUCACUUAACAGUGGUAUACUUUGGAAAUGAGGGUCUUCAGGAAGCGCGCGCCAUCAUGAGUCGUGUUCUGGGUGCCAAAAAUGGAGGAAAUUCAUCCAAUUUAAAACUUUUAGCUUUAAAUGAAACUUUCUCGAGAGCCAAAGGACUACGGGUCGGCGCCGAGAAAGUAUGGGACGCUACGGACAAGAGCAAAAGCAAAGAUGUCCUUUUAUUUAUGUGUGAUGUAGAUAUCGUGUUCAGUGCUAAAUUCUUAGAUAGAUGCCGAUGGAAUGCCAAACCCGGGAAAAAGGUUUACUACCCGAUCGUGUUUAGUCUCUACAAUCCACAUGUAGUGUACACACUUCAGGGUAGAGAAUUACCCCCCGAGACUGACCAACUGCACAUAUCUCGUGACACGGGUUUCUGGCGAGAUUUUGGAUACGGUAUGACGUGUCAGUAUCGAUCGGAUUUUCUCAAAGUACGGGGAUUCGACGAAGAGAUCAUUGGAUGGGGUGGAGAGGAUGUUAUGUUGUACAGGAAGUACGUUAGAUCGUCCAUUAAAGUUAUUCGAGCAACAGAUCCUGGCAUUUUUCACAUUUGGCAUCCAAAGGUGUGUACAGGUGUUGAAAGUGGGCAGAAACUCACAGAAGCUCAAUAUCAUGCUUGUAUUCGUUCUCGAGCAUUGAAUGAAGCAUCUCAUGCUCAACUGGGCUUCCUGGCAUUUCGGGAUGACAUUGCAGCACAUUACCAAGAUGAUACCAAUGCUACAAAGCUGCUGCAUGCGCAACCACAGAAACUGCCCACAAAACGCAUUCCAACAUUGGCCACCGCUCGAAAGACCACCUGAUCCUACGUGGGACACCAGGAGAGCUUUUGGAAAAUUGAAUUUUGAACCACAAAAUUUCUCAUGAGCAGUUUUCCAGAAAAGCGCUACAGAGUGAUGUGUAUAUGUAAAUAUCUAGGAAAUAAUUUUCCAUUUCAAUUGUUAUCUCUUUCACCAAUACCAAAAUGGUAUAUAAAAUGUGUGGAACAGAGAGGAGAAAAAAAGAGUUAUUUCUACUGGGCUCUGAGAUAAAAGGUAAAUGUACGAGAUUGUGAAAAUGUGUAAGAGAGAAAAAAAGUCCCGUCAUAUUUUACACCGGAAAUAAUUUCGCCUUUAAAUGCUAUUUAGUACAGAAAUAGUUGGGUUCUAUGUGAUGGGGAGGGGACAGCGAAGAGAAUUGGCGCAAAAAAAGUUCUGCCGAUAGCUAAAUGGAGCGCGCAAAUUUUCAUGGUGCUAGAUGUGAAAAAAAAACUUUGUGGGUGAUUUCAAAGAGAAGUAAAAUGGGAUUUUAACGAAAAAAAAAACACAACACUGAUAGAUGAAAA